AUGUCGGUCUCGACUCCCACCGACAUCUCUGUACAAAUCGUUGUUCCUAGCAACACCCGUCCAAAUGACCCGCCCCUCGUAUCUGCUGAAAGGCGCAUCACUCCGUCCUGGACCGUCGCAGAGUUGAAGCGGAAACUUGAACCGGUCACAGGAAUUCCCGCUUCUUCGCAAUCCCUCCGGAUUCGAUCCCUUGACGGAACUUGGCUAUUCCUGGACGACGAGGCCUCUCUUGUGGGUGACGUCAGAUAUAAUCUACACCGCGGCUCAGAGAUUGAAGUCAUAGACGGUCGGCCGACACAUUUGCGGCAGACAUUCAACUUCUCCGACUUGACUUCCGUCGAGAAGUAUCAGAUGCCCGAGGCUCAGUACGAGAAACUCGAGGACAGCGUGCUUGCGUGGAAACGACGCCAAAAGCUCGGCCGGUUCGAUCCCAAUGCAAAAUCUGCAGAGGAUAAGGCAGAAGACAGAUUCAGGAAGGAUCAAGCGGAGAUCGAAGCCAAGGGUGUUCAAGUCGGCCUGAGAUGUCGAGUCGGUAAUGAUGACGGGAGAAGAGGGGUGGUGAGAUUUACCGGAGAAAUCCCCGGCCUGGGCGGAGCCAAGGAGGCAGGCUGUAUUUGGGUGGGUAUCGAACUCGACGAGCCUGUUGGUCGGAAUGAUGGAAGUGCAACUGUCGAGACAGAAGAGGGUGGCCAAGCAGUCAAGAGAAUGUUUGAAUGUCGAGAGAAAUUCGGCGUCUUCGCCAGGCCCGAGAAAGUCCAAGUGGGCGAGUUUCCACCCCUCAAUGAUUUCAGAGACGAAGAGAUGGAAGAGAUAUGA